GACGAGAACGGGAACACGGCCCUCAUAUGUGCUGCAUCAAGAGGAAUGCCCAAAAUGGUUGAAUUGCUUCUAAAAUUUGGCGCGGACAUCGACGCCCAAAACCACCAUGGAAGAACGGCUCUUAUGGAGGCUGUUUUGUGGGGUCAAUUGGCAAGCGUCAACUAUAUCCUAGACAAAGUCAACGUUGACGCCGAGGAUGAGUACGGACGGACGCCACUAUCAUGGGCAGCCAAGAAUGGACACGAGGCGGUGGUCAAGCUGCUGCUUGAAACUGGU